UUCACUUUGGGUGAUACAUUUUACAUACAUCAGUUUUCAUGACAAGUUCAUGUUGAAAUUUUAAAUAAUACGCAAUUUUACCGUAACUUAGUUUAUUAUCAUGAUUAAAAUCAGCUACACAUAGUUAAAUGGUUAUAUGAAAUUUUAAUACUUAAUUAUGAAUUACAGUAAUUCAGUAUUAAUUGGAAACUGGAGCGAGGAGAGAUUAAAGAACGAGUAUGAAUUUAAACUAUUUCUCAGAAAACGUGACAGGCGGGAACUAUUACUACAAAGGUCUAGAACGUUGUUCAGCAAUCUACUGAGAGAAAGACCUUUGGCAAUAAGUGGUACUUACGUUCAAUAUGGAUUUAAUGUACAAGUAGUCGCGUCGGAUAUGCCAGCGAAAGCGAAGAUGGCGAACGGCAAGCAGCAAUACGGGUUGGCCAUGUCGAUUCUGGUGCGGGAGCGGCAGGUGGACUAUGUGCAGAAUAUAUGCGAUGGUUGUCUCAUGACCAUGUCGCCUAUCGUCACGCCGUGCUGUCGGAACACUUUCGUUAUCAUUAGUGCUAAAAAUGAACAAGUUCGCGGGAAGGAAAUGAAAUAUGGUGAUGAAUUUCUGUUGAAGGCUGAGAAUUAUGGAGAGCCUGAGGCAGCUCCACUGUACGUGAGGUACUCGCCGUCCAGCUCGCCCGCUCCAGCAGACCGCAUGCCGAUGCGGCUGAGCACUACAAAAGACAGCAACUGCCGGUUCACUACCAUGCCGCUUUUGCCAUGCGAUCGGCUUGAAGGAUUAGGUAGCCCUGUUAAGACUGGUGCCAAGCUUGUCAUUAAAAACUGUGUCGCAGACAAGAGUUUAUGCGUCAUGAAUCAGAAUUGGAUGCAGACAUUUUUUGGACCUGAGUGUGGAGUGACUUGCCGUAACUACAUAGAUAUUCACGGAAGAUAUACUGCGGAAAAUGUGUUCACUUUGGUCAGUGAUGUCGAGACCAAAACCAAAGAUUAGUUGAAUAUUUACUAAUUAUUGUUAAAUGUUAUUGUUUUCACGAAUGGUUUUUGAACUAAUUAGGUACUACUUAUGUUUCGUGCUUUUUACCAUUUGUAAUAUUUCAUUAGGUUACUUUUGCUUGUUAAUUUAUUGUAUUUGUGUUAGUGGAUACGGUUUCGAAAUAGAAACUUGGUGUUGACUGU